AACAUUCUCUCUUCAGAGCAGGAAUCAAAACAAGAGAGGGACACGCCUUCUUCAUGGUGUACCUCUGCUGUCAAGACUGCCUGCACAAAUCUGGAGGAUCAUAAUCGAACUGUAACAUCUGCAUCUACCGUGCAUUAAGAUUCGCAGUAGAUUCGUCAAGCACCCUCGACAUGAUAUCCGCAGAAAUGCUCGAUGGCGGUCGCUGACAGGCUGCAUUCAUACUGAGCGCUCCAUUAUGCCCAACCAAAAAAGCAACAAGGGGAAGAGAAAUAAACGCACGAAUAGUAGCGGGGACGAGCAAGAAAAUGGAGCCUGUGCGUCUGCGGUUACAGGAGGAACUGCCUCGGUGUUGACUGGAGCCACAGCGGGUCCGCCGAGCGACAGCAUAAGCGGUAAGAACGUCACUUCAGUGAAUGUUCUAUAUGACGAGUCCACAUGUGCCACCCCAUUAGUGUGCAGUCUGGGCCGUCCCGUUGACCUUGAGAAGGACGACUACCAGCGUGUGGUGUGCAACAGUGAACUCUGCCCCUACGGCAAUUGGAUGCACCUACAGUGCUUCUAUGAGUGGGAGAGCAGCAUCCUGGUGCAGUUCAACUGCAUCGGCCGGGCCCGCAGCUGGAACGAGAAGCAAUGCCGACAGAACAUGUGGACCAAAAAGGGCUACGAUCUAGCCUUCCGCUUCUGCUCCUGUCGCUGUGGCCAGGGACACCUGAAAAAAGACACUGACUGGUACCAGGUGAAACGCAUGCAUGACGAGCGCAAGAAAAAGAUGCCAGAGAAAGGGAGCGGGAAGCCCAGCUGUGGUGCCUCCGUAGGUGGCGCUUGCGGCGGAGUUGGGCCGGAAGUUGCCGAUGAGCCCAAGAAAGGGAAAUCAUCUGCAAGCCAUAAGCUAGCUCACCGUGGCUCCUGUCAGGAACUGUCUCGCAGACAAUCGGUAGAUUGGCAGAACUCUCAGGAGAGAUGUCACGCCGGUCCUCCCAAUGCCAUCGGCGGGGUUUCCCAUGGGCUCCGCUCCCCAUGCGAAUCCCCCGCUCAGUCCCCUCCGUCGGGCUUCGCCUCCUUUCUCCCCCCGUCCCUCGGUGGCCCGCGUAGCUCAAGGCACCUGGGCGAGUUUCUAAAGAAUGCGGUUCAUACAGAAGGCCACAGGAGGCAUUUGCUGUCCGGAGGUCUGGUGGCACGUGGGGCUCACCUUGAGCAGGGAGCCGCCAACAUGUGCCUCCCUCGACUUUCUCCCGGAGACAACCCUGUGCAGUUCCUGAGGAGGCUGGAUCUUUCAGAGCUGCUCACACACAUUCCCCGCCACAAGCUCAACACAUAUCAUGUGCGAAUGGAGGACGAUGCCCAAGCCGGACAGGGAGAGGAUCUCAGGAAGUUCAUCCUCUCUGCGCUCAGUGCGAGUCACCGCAAUGUGGUGAACUGUGCCCUUUGCCAUCACACCCUGCCCAUCUUUGAGCAGUUCCCUUUAGUGGAUGGAACGCUGUUCCUGAGCCCUUCACGCCAUGAUGAGAUUGAGUAUGAUGUACCUUGCCACUUACAAGGGAGGCUGAUGCACCUUUAUGCCAUCUGUGUGGACUGCCUGGAAGGAGUACACAAAAUCGUGUGUAUAAAGUGCAAGUCUAGGUGGGAUGGAAGCUGGCACCAGCUGGGCACAAUGUACACAUACGACAUACUGGCGGCAUCGCCAUGCUGCCAGGCACGGCUCAACUGCAAGCAUUGUGGGAAACCGGUCAUAGAUGUACGUGUGGGCAUGCAGUAUUUCUCUGAGUACAGCAAUGUACAGCAGUGUCCUCACUGUGGCAAUCUGGACUAUCACUUUGUAAAGCCAUUCUCUUCGUUCAAAGUUCUUGAAGCUUAUUGACAAAAGUUGCAUUUGCAUGCUAGUAUUUUCCCCCCGUUUUUUCUAUUCAUAGAAUUACUUAUUUUGGACUCUUGUCGACACUUUGUGUGAGCUUAGUUCUCUUUAGGAACAAAAUAGAAAGAAUCAAAGCAUACACCGUUACGUCGGAGAGCGCGUCUUUUAUUAAGAGAAAGAGGGUGUGCUUUUGCGUGUAUUCUAACGCCAUCCUUGAAAUGUUUGAGCUUGCAUUUAAAAAAACAAAGCAACAACAAUACUGUGACAAGUGAAUGUAUCUCUGUAUGCCAAAUUUGCUCUUUUGUACAAAAACCAAGAAAACAAUAAAAUACAUAAAAGGGUC